AUGCGUUUCGAAAUCCCAACUAUCGUCGCUCUCUUGAGCAGUUUCGCGUCUGCUGUAUCCGUUUGCAGACCACACUCGAAGCUGAACCCUUUCAACGACAGUCGUGGCUGCACGAUUUUCAAGGACCAAACCUGCGGUUCAGACCCUGGCUUCGCUAUUCCUGGUGACAGCGGCUACUGCGCGGACCUGAAUAACCUCUUUGCCGACUACGAUGGCAAGGUGCGCAGCUUCCGCGUAGAGAAGGGAUACCAGUGCGAGUUCUACUUUGAGUACGCAUACUCUCGAGCUAAGCUAGACGGUAAAGAAUGCACGGCACGACAACUUGUCGCUUGCUCACCUGCCGGGUCAGGGUGA